GCGAUGCGGCGGCGGCAGCAGCAGCAGCAGCAGCAGCGGCAGCAGCAGCAGCAGCAGCAGCAGCAGCAGCGGCGGGGCCGGUCGCUGUCCGGUGCCGUCGGGGCGCUGUGCCGGGCUCUGCCGCCCCGCGCACGGCCCGCCCCCGACACCCUGCGCUGCGCCAGGUUCGACCGGCCGCAGGCGAGCUUGGAUUUCUGGAGGCUGCUCUAUGCUCUUCUGAAACAAAUCCAUGGACGCAAGUGGACAGAGUCUGAUGCCAUAGAGAUACUGAAGCAUUACACUGGAAAAGAGGAGCAGCUUUCUUCCUUACUUUGUAAGAAUGCCUAAACUGGAUCAAAUUGAAGGUUGCUCUAGCUUCAUCCAGCUGUUCCAGCCGUCAGAAGUGGAUGCCCAGGGGAAAGAGCAAAUAUGGAAGGAUUCUUUCAGAGGAGUAUUCUUUCAACCUCCAGUAAUUUACAUCUCAGAUGUCCUAAACCAGAAAGGUUGUCUUUGUAUUUUGUAAGCUUCCAUAAAAUCCUGUUCUGUCAAUACACUUCCUCUGUGAGCUUGUAUAACUCUCAGUAUCCGUAGCGUCUCAUGGCCAGAAAUGUCAGGGCUUUGCUGUAUGUGUGGAGAACAUCUCUUUAACUUGUUUUUAUUCACACACUUGCUAGCUUUGUUUGGUGACUUACAGUUCUUUUAUUGAAUGUUGUGCAAACAGAUUAUUCCCUAUUCACUUGUUCCACAGUACUUACCAUUUUGUUAUAUCCAUUCUUAGUCAUCUUCUUGGCCUAUGUCAUCAGUUCUUACAAUGAAGCUGUUCUGCACUUGUGAUCGUACUCAUCUUCUCUUUGUUUUUUGUGACUUAAGAAGUAAAGUUACACUGUGAACUUGAGAUGUGGGGUCACGGUAGGUAUAGACAACAAUAUAGUGUUAUUCCCUGUGUUCUGUUUAGUUUCCUUUCUAGGUUUCUUACAUUCCGUUUGGUUUUGGAUGAUAGUCAUGAAAAACCUUUAUCAUCUAAGAUUGUGUUCCUGAGUCCAAUGGUCAGCUCCAAGCCCCUUGCUAUGUCAGUACAGUUAGGAUUGUUUUUUUCUCAUGUGUAUCAUUUUUCCCUUUUUUUCUAAGAAGAAAUUUAUCUGUCAUUCUAAAGCUUGGGCUCAUUAGGUUCUACAAUCCUUCAUGGUCUGCCUGCAUUCCUUACUACUGAGUAAUAUCACAUCAGCACCAAAUUUUCUGUCACUAUCACGUUGUCUGUGUGUCAUUUUGACUUGGUUGAACAGCAACUGUUUAGCACAGAGCCCUCAUCUGAAACCAACAUUUGUUCCCACCCUCUGGUUCUUGUCUGCUAGGCACUUGUCAUUGAUUGAAGGGUCUUCCCUGUCCCUCCACUGUAGUGGCUUAGUUUCUUUGUGCUAGUUAAAUCCCAUUGGGAAGUCUAAAUGUCCUGCAUUGAUUGACUCUUCCUUAAUCACUUGCUUGUUGUUGCCUUUGGAGAACUUCAGUAGCUUUUUGAGCAGGACUUCCUUUUACAAGUGUUAGUUCUUCCCCAGUGCGUAUUGUUUAUCAUUGUGCCCCUUAAUUAUGUUCUCGUAGUUUUGACGUAGUACAGAGCUGAGGCUUACUGGUCAGAACCUUUUAAAAUAAGUUUUCUCUCUGUUUCCUCAGUAUUUUACAGUUCUGUAGUGCCUGUCGUGUAGCUGUCAGGUAACAUUUGCUGGUGUGAAGGAAUAUAGAUCAGAGCGUUCCCGAGAAUUAAACAGUCCAUGUGGUAUGCUGCAUUAUCUCUGUCUGCUCACUGGUGCUCAGAGAUUUGCAGUAGGCUGUGAAACUUCUAUCUCUAAAUUCCAGUUUCAUUCAGGAGUAAAGUGACUCAGUAUUUAUUAAUUCAUAGCAUGCUUGGUGGCUCAUAAAAAAUGAAUAGGUGAAUUGGAGUCCUGUUAUAGUGGGGAUGGCUAUUUACCUUUUUUGCCUUUGUUAAUCUCCAAGAGGCCAUUACUGGCCUUGAUCUCAACUUUGAAUUUCUUCUUUUCCCUUAGUAGUAGUUCCAUAGAUGAGAAUGGGGCAGCAUAAGGAAAGCUUUUACCCGUUACACUUGUGUCAUCUAUCGGUUGUAGAGAAAGGCUGUAGUCUCCACUGUCUUACACAAAUCUUAGGCUUGAUUAAAAAUCUCGCUCUCAGAGGAGGCAGCAGUUUCUGGAACUGAAGCAUAAAUGCACUAGUAGUGCAGUAUGUUAUUCUCAAUUGUUUUCUUCUUUUCAGAUAACCAAAUUAGGUUUGUAAAGGCAGCGUUGUGGUACUAUGGCUAUGACAGGCCAGAACUCUAUCGGCUCCCCUCCGAUGGCUCAGCGGGUAGUCGGGAGCUGCUGCUGGCAUUUUCCUGGCUGCUGCACAGAAUAAGCCUCUUGGAACAGCUUUUGGCUCGGAACAGAGUAAAGACUGGAGAUGAAACCUCUGUGUGCACGUGUGAAGAUGGUCUGCCUAACAGCCUGAAAGGUACAACUGAAAAAGCACCUGAACAUGGGCUAGAAGGUGGAGUCGAUGUUCGAUACCUUCAGUGGUUAAAUGGGAGGCUGAGGUUCCAGUGGCGGAGUUUGCAUGCUCAGCACGAAGAGCAGUGCAAACUUUUGCACAAGAUCCAUUUAUUCACUAGUGGCUCCCAUGUGGACCAGAUCCUUGGACAUUUUUCUGUCACAGAAACAGAUCUUGUUAGACAACCGGAAAACUACAAGCAGCUAUUACAGCUUCUGGAGUCUGAAACCAUGCAACUAGAAGCCUUUCUGGAGUGGAAGCAACUGGAACCAGUUUAUUGGCAGUGGAUGGAAACUGUGUUAGAUAAUAUGGCUGAAGAGGGAAAUACGUGUGAGUCCCAGGACGCUCGUGUAGAGGGAAGUGGGCUGCCAAAGGUGGCCUCGUGCUGCCCCUGGGCUGACAGUCUGACUGGGCAAAUUGACAAAUUAUCCAGAGACCUAACGACGCUCCGUGAGCAACUGCAUAAGCUUACAACUCGCCGAAAGGCUGCAUGGUGUGAGAAGGUGAAAACAAGAGAGGAAGAGCUACAGAAGGAGGGGUUCUCUGCCACUGCUAGAAAGAUACAGGAAAGUGUUGAACUAAAACUGUUAGAUCUUACAUACCUUUGUGCUCCCCCCCAAAAAAGAAUGCACGGUUCGCACAGACUCGUGUUCAGAAACAAACAUCCUGCCAGCAAAAUGGGCUUUGGUAGGUCUGUAUCCAAGGAGCCUGUUUCAGCUGUCAGUGCUACAGAGGUGAUCAGAGAACUGCAGAUGACAGAGGCCAGCCUGGAGAGAGAGCUGAAGCAGCUGCAGGAAGAGUGCAGACAGAGGCUAGAUGAAGUUGCAGAAGGGUUGGAUGGAGUGAUUUGUAUCUCCCCUUGAAAAGGUAAAGCUGGACUGAGAAGAGCAAAGGAAUAGACUUGGCUUGAUCAGAACAUACUCUGCAGCUUGGCAUGGGGGAGUGUGAGGUGAGGAGCCAAACGUAAUUUCUGAUUUUUAAGCAUGGCAGUCAUAACUUGUUACUGCUUUGUGAUUUGCACUGGGGCCAUGACCUUGGUGGUUCUCUCUGCAGCCCCUUUAUUGCUGACCUUGCCAAUUAAAUUCUGCAGCAGGCCUUGGCGGGAGUGCGCAUAAAUCGCCCUUUCAUCUUUCAGAUUUCUAGUUCUUCUACCAAGCACUGGCCUCUCUUACAGUGCUCAGCUGCUAGGCACAGCAUACGUUGAGGCUUCACAUUGAAAUACUAAUUGCAUUCAAUAUUUUCCAGCAAAUGGAAGAGUUAAUUAGUCAGAAAAAUCCAGGUAUUGGAGAACAUGCAAAGUACCAAAGCUUAGAGAGAUUGGAAAUGUUCAGGAAGGCAUGCUGGUUCAAUUCAGCUGGUUUGCAUAUUUGUGGCAGCUGUAAUGCAGUUGUCAUAAGGAAAAACAAAUACCUAAUAAUAAAUAAAGCUGCACACUGGUUUCAUUUAUUGGUGUGAUGCACUUGAAGUAAUUGGCUUCUCAAAGAGAACAAACUAGCAACCUGUUCCACUGAGUUAUGAGUCACAAUGAGAUAACUAUGGAUCUGCUAUAGGAAGUUCCUGUAAAAUAGAAAUAUGACCUUAACUUCCAAGCUUGAGGAGUCUCCAAGUUCUGUCUCUGGAGGCUUCUUCCCCUGGAACAUGCAAAUGUUUCUCACUUGGCAUUCAUUUCCUACCCUUCUCUGUUUUGCUUUCACCAAAGAAUAUUUUUAUAUUCUGGUCGUACACUUUCAGAAUAAAUAAAUUUUGAGAAAA